AUGGCUGAAAACAUUCGCAAGUUGAUGAACUGCUUUCGACGCCGACUUGAAUCAUUCAAAACCACGACUGUGGACUUCAAUGAGUACUCAAACUUUCUGGCAUUUGAUGCAAUUGGGGAUUUUGCUUUCGGGGCGCCAUUUGGUUUCCUCGACCGAGAGGAAGACUAUCUCAAUUUGAUACAGGCAAUCGACUCACGCGGAGAGGUAUUGAAUGCACUUGGUCACGUUCCGAAGCCAAUAAGGUCUCUUUUGAAGUACUGUCCUUUUGAUACCUUUUGGUCGCAAGGAUUACGUGGAACAAAGUCGCUCGGCAUUAUAGGACACAACGCGUAUUUGAAACGGAAGUGUCUGCAGACAAAGCGCAAGGAUAUCCUCAGUUUCCUUUUCAACGCAAAAGACCCCGAGACUGGAGAGCCGUUACCAGAACAGGAAAUCAUCGCGGAAUCUAUCUCCUUCAUCGUGGGAGGUAGUGACACUACUAGUACCACUAUGACAAACGUGGUUGACAUAGUUUCUAGGCGUCCAGAGAUACAAGAGCGCCUGCAGAAAGAAUUAGACGAGACCUUCCCCAGCGACGAUCUCUCAGAAUGGGUUGCCGAUUUUGCCUCGGUGGAAAAGCUUCCGGUACUAAACGCCGUACUGAGAGAAACCAUGCGAGUCAAGCCUACGAGUGCUACAGGACUAGAGCGAGUCACUCCUGAAGGUGGACGGAUUAUCGCCGGAAAAUUCAUUCCAGCUGGGACACUCGUCAGCGUGCCUACAAUCAAUGUCCACUACAACGGCAAGAAAUUCACGGACCCCGAGGAAUUCAGGCUAGGGCGCUGGCUAGAGGAAGACUCCACGGUGUUGAUGGACUAUUUUAUUCCAUUUUCUAUUGGGCCCCGCGCUUGCAUUGGUCGGAAUUUCGCCUGGAUGGAAAUGCUCAAAACGCUUGCUACGCUGUUUAGGCUAUUUGACCUAGAAAGAGUACACACUGAUGAGACCGAUGUCAGUGAAGGAUUCUUUAUGAAGAACAAAGAAUGCAAAAUAAGAAUAAAGCGACAUCAUGCGGCACCAAACCGGAGCUAA